AUGGAUACUUCUUAUCCAAAGGAAGAGGACAUCUCUCCACCAGUGGACAAUACGAAGUACAGGCAAGCCAUUGGAGCCUUGUUAUACAUAGCCACUGUAACCAGACCAGACAUUACUCUUGCAGUGAAUCGAUUAAGCAGGAAAAAUGAAUCUCCAAAUGAGAAAGACUGGAAAGCAGUUCUAAGGGUGAUUGAAUACCUCAACUCUACGAAGGACAUUUGCCUAAGAAUUGACUUUGAUAGCACACCAACACUUUCCUGUUAUACGGAUGCCGACUAUGCAUCUGAUUUAACCACCAGACGAUCAACAGGUGGAAAUUUAUUUUUCUUAGGAAAUAAUCCAAUAUUUUGGUCCACAAAGAGACAAAAUUGUGUUUCCCUGUCAUCUACCGAAUCUGAGCUUAUUUCUGCAGCCACUGCUGCUCAAGAGCUCAAAUGGAUAUUAGAUCACCUUAAAGAUUUUGGAAUAACUCAAAAACUACCCAUUAAGAUAUUUGAGCGCCGUGUUGAAGCUGUGUUUGUGGCCAAAGGACUUGAUAAAUACGUAGACGUUGAAGCGGAGAAACGAAAGCUGCUGAAACAAAGAUGCAAAAAAGGCUUACGCAUUGCUGCAACCCUUCUAGAUGAUGCCCAAUUGGCGACCAUGUCGAGUGAAUCUCGCAUGUGA